AUGCAGACAAGAAAGAAACAGUCGGUUAAUGACGAUGACCCGAACCGGGUGGCCGAAGAAAUCGCCGAGGUGCUGGCCAAAAUUCAACUUCUCGAAGGCGACCGGAAAGCUUUUGCUGAGUCAUCUCACUAUACGGUUAGGGCUAAUGAUGCCAAAAUAGGGUCUUUGCGCCUGGAAAACCGAGAUUUACUGAAGAGUUAUAAGAAAUGUAUCACUUGUGACGAUGAUACCUUGAACAUUGUUUUUCCCGGUCAUGAUGUUGGCAAACAGCAAUUUGUUGGUAAACGUCCCGAUAUUACCAUAAAUGGACUGAACAACAAAAAGUGCGAUCAAGUUAAAAAACUAAAUCUGGCUCAAUAUCAGACUAGAGUUAAAGAAAAGGAACUCGUUGAGAAGAUUGAAAGAAUGAAAAGUAUUCACGCAUUUGCAGAACGAAUGAGUAAAGCUUAUAUGGAUCCAAAAUCACAGAAAACUAAAAAUCGGGCAAUUUUGACCGAAAUUGAGAAAUAUAAACUGAAAAACACAGAAGCCGACGAGGUUCAAAAUAUUUUCUCGAAACUCACACGAAGGUUGAAGGAGGAAAAUAAAAUGUACGAAUCGAAUUUGGAAAUGUUAGAAAACGCAAUUUUUGAAAAUGAAGACGACCUUAAAGGGUUAAAAGAUAUGAACAAAGACGCCGAACAUUCAAAAGAACUGGCUAAACAAGAUUUACAAAUGCAAGAAGGGCAAAUAAAUAAAGACAAAACGCAGAGAGAAAAACGAAAAUCGGAAAUAAAACGAGUGAGCGAUUUCAGGCAAAAAGAGCUCGAAAGGUUAAAUAGUUUCGUGAAAGAUCAAGACGAUCCGAAAGAGUCGGAAUACUACGACGGGAUCACAAUAGCUCAACAGGAAGAAAAACAGGCGAAAGCUGACAAUGCUGAACGAAAAAUAACCCAAGUUGAAAAGUCGACUCAGAAAGUAAAAGACGCCACAGGUUUAAAUUCCCCUGCGGACGCGAUUCGAUAUUUCAAAGAACAAUUCGCGACGAAGGAUAACUUAGAAUCUCAAAUUGACCAAAAUGCCGAACAAAUCGCAGAUUUAGAGAGGAAGAAACAACUCUUAAAAGAAAGUUACGAUGAUGUUAAGUACAAUGGUGAAGUCGACGAAGGCACGCAUAAGGAAAGCGAUUCGUUUUAUGCCGAGUCAUCGCACCGAGAAGAUUAUUACGACGAAUAUGAAGAAGAAUUAGACGAAGUUCGGAUGUCGGUUGCUCAAAAUAAAUUAAAUGAUGCUCGACAAACUUUGACCGAUUUGAAAAUAGCCUUAGACCAUGUUUUAGGCAAACUGUCAUUUUUGAAAAGUUUAAAACGUCCUAGACCUUCUUUAUGGGAACAAAAGCAGGAACAGGAGUAUCUGGUUGAUGUAGCUGACAUAUGUAUUGACAAAAUCAAAUUGUUGGUAGCUCAAAUCGGCGAAGAUACGGACACGAGAGAAGUUAUGAGGGAAAUCGACGAGUCUGAUUUCGGUCACGUGGUUCAAAAUAAAAUGAGCUCUGCUAAUGCACGAGUUAGUACACGAGGCAUGAAGAACAGCAACCAGUUUGAAGAAGAUGAAGAUGAGAUAAUUGAGUCGGAGGAGGAAGACAUUGUUACUCGCAAUCAGGUGAAGAGAGCGUCCAAGGCUCUGAUUGACUCGAAAAUGCACAGAGGGGGCAACAGGAAAGCAUCCAUGAAGUUCAGAUGA